CCCCGACAAUGCCCGCGCCCCGCCCCAUCGGCCGCGGCGACGCCGGCUGCGGCCCGGCCCGGCGGCUCCUGUCCCUGGCUCUCCUGAGCCUCCUGUUGGCCGCGAUGGCUCUGACCCCCGGGAGAGGCGCCUGCCCCAGAGCCUGCCCUGACUACUGCGAGCUGCGGGUCCUCGCGGAUGGGACCGCCGUUUCGGAGCCGCCGGCCGGCGUGGACGCCGGCUCGGAGCCCCUCUACGCUGCCCGGCAACCGGGUGUCGGCAUUUUUAGCGGGUCAAAUCCCCCGCAAACCCAGACCAACGACUUCGUCCGGUGGCCCGCGGCCGCCGCCAAUGCAUCCCCGUCACGCGCCUCAUUCGCCCUGGCCAAGCACACCUUGCAGGGAGUCACGGUCUACGUCCUCCGCCUGGACAACCCGAUCGGGCACUUCUCCGUCCUGCCGCCCGGAGGACAGGCCUGCCCGGGGGUGGCACAUACCUCGGCCACCGCGAAAGCGGGCGGCUGUCUCUUCGCCACGAACGCCGGCUUCUUCAACCGCGAGGAUGAAGAAUGCGUCGGGAACAUCAUCAGCAACGGACACCGGGUCCAGGUGUCCGGUCUGGAUAAUGUCAACUUCGGCCUGACCGCCACCGGCGACUUCGUGGUGGGGUACCUCACGCAGGAAGCCGUCUCACGGAACUCCCUCAACUUUGCCCAGCUCGUGUCCGGCAUGCUCUGGCUCGUGCGCGACGGUGAGGCCUACCACUGCCCGGCGUAUGGCCGCGAGCUGCCGCAUGGGUGGUUCCUCGACCAACCGGCCGCCCGCACGGCCAUCGGGCAUGAUCGCGAGGGCCGACUGUACAUCGUCUCCUCGGAGCGCGCCAGCACCCGUGUGGGGCUCACGAUUCCCGCACUCACGGAUCUUUUGCUUGACCUUGGCAUCCACAAUGCCGUCAAUCUUGAUGGUGGCGGCAGUACCACCAUCUGGACUCCGACUGAGGGAAUUGUCAACCGCCUGCAGGACCCCUGCUCCGAGGAGGAGGGUGGCAAGACGGGCGGCCCCCAGGGCGAUGGUUUGUGCGAGCGUCUCGUCACCAGCAUCCUUUGCAUCAAGUGAGACAACGCCUCUGCCUCUCCCUGCUUUUUCUCCUGUCCACAUGCACGCCCUGACUAGAUCGAUCCCGCCAGCCUGAUA